GUUUUAAAAUAUAAUACUAUAUUUACACUUAUAAAUAAUAAAAACAUUUUUAUAUAUCAAUAUUUAAUAAUAAUAAAAUAAAAUAAAAAAAAAAUAAUAUAAAAAACUAUAAAAAAAUGACAUUAGAAGAUAAAAAUAACAAUAAUAACGAAGAAGAAAUUGUUAUAAACGAAGAUGAUGAAUAUUUAGGUAUUCUUCAUUUAAAUAAAGAACAAUUAAUUGAUACAAUUAGAGAAAUUAGAGAAGAAUAUUUUGAAUUACAAGAAGAUCAUAAUAAGUUGGAAGAAAGAUAUAAAGAUAAAAUUAAAGAAAUAGAGUUUAAUAGAAAACUAUUAACUGAAAGAGAAGAUUUACUUUUACAAUUACAAUGGGACCCAAAUCAAGAUAACAGCUAUUUAAUGCAAAUGGGUGCAUCUGACACAAAUCAAGCAAAUGAACAAAAAAUGAAGGCUAUGAUGGAUCAAAUGAGAGUAAUGGAGCGUGGUAUCUUUGAAAGAGAUGAAAAAAUAAAACAAAUGGAAAAGGUUAUCGAAACAUUUACCCUCCAACAAAUUAAUAAUGGUGUACAACCAACCCAAAUAAUCUAUCCACAAUUCAAUACUAUUAGACAAUCAGCCAGCGAGCCAAAUUCAUCAUUUAAUACCCCUGCCAAUCCAAGCAUUUUCAACAAAUUAUCACAAUCUACAGGUGUACAAAGCAGUAAUAUGGAAGCUCCAAAUACCUUUACACCAAUUGAAAAGUAUCCAUUACCAAGAGAGGCCACUCAAAUGUUUGACCACCAAAAUAAAGAAUCUACUGUCUCUGUAUCAACUCCUCAAACCUCACAACCAUUAAAUAGAUCCACUUCAUUUUGGCAAUCACCAAGUGCUUUCUUUUCUAAUCUUUUAGGUCGUUCCUCAUCCACUGAUGUUAUAAACAAAGAUAAAGAUCAAGAAAAUUCAAAUAAUAAUGAGGCAUCUGACGAUGAAGACUAUUCUACCAUUGACACUAAGCCACACGUUGUUCCAUUACAAUCUCAUGAAAUCCCAACAUCAUCUGGUAUUAGAGUUUAAAAAGUCUAUUCCAUUAAUACAAAUUUUUUACAAAAAGAAACUCGUUGUUAUUUUAUUAUCAAAAUCAUAUUAACACUAAAAAUUUAUCAUUACAAAUAAAUAUCUUUAGAGAU